AUGUUUCAAAGCUUUAUUAAGAAUGUGUGGGUCCAUCUGAAGCCCUACUGUACCCAGGUUUAUCAAGAAAUUUGGGUAGGAGUAGGGUUGAUGUCCGUGAUCGUUUAUAAAAUCAGGAGUGCUAAUAAAAGAAGUAAAGCUUUAAAAGGCUCCAGUCCUGCAGCUGCCCAUGGUCAUCACUAACCAGCUCCCUGAA